UCAGGCGUUGGGGUGACGUCACGCGAGGCGCCGCCGGAUUGGCUGCGGAACCAGGAAGUGGAAAGAUGACUCAGCAGAAUGGAGGCCCAAGAGUGCAUAAAAAGCCCUGAGUGAGCCAGCAGCAAGGAGUUCAUUCAAAGGGAGUAACGCGUUACAUUGAUUGGUGCAAAGAAGCCUGAGCGAUAAUAAAGAAGAAUGGAGUUCCCCAAUCUGGGCGAACACUGCUCUGAGAAGACCUGCAAACAGUUGGACUUUCUGCCCCUGAAAUGCGAUGCGUGCGAGGAGGUCUUCUGCAAAGACCACAUUGCGUACAACCGGCACAAGUGUUCUUCUGUGUACAAAAAGGAUGUGCAGGUUCCGAUCUGUCCUCUCUGCCACGCUCCCAUCCCAGUCAGAAAGGGGGAGACGCCAGACGCUGUUGUCAGUGCCCAUAUGGACCGAGAUUGCAAACCUGAUUCUGCCCAACAGAAACAAAAGAUCUUCACAAACAAGUGCUUCAACCCAGGCUGCAAAAAGAGAGAGAUGAUGAAGCUGGUUUGCGACCAGUGUCACCAGAACUUCUGUCUCAAGCAUAGGCACCCUCUGGACCACGCCUGCCCAGGGCAAAGCCAUGCCAUUUCCAAAGCAGGGCAAAGGACUCUUUGCUCCAUACAGUGAAACUUCAAGAGUAGUUGAAGGGGAGAAAUACUGUACAAAAUGUGGGAACACAACACAGUUGGCUGGAGGACUUGGGAUGCUGAAUGUGGCUGUUUCUUUGCAGAUACGCUGCUUUAAUGAGAUCGCUGAAAUCCCAGACAAUGACUCUGAAUUAUCAGCUUCUGCAAAACAGGUGAGUCCUGGUGUCACACUUGUCUGAUGGCUGUGAUCUCGAGCUUUGUGUCCUUUCUGCAACAAGUCACACAAUUCCCUUGUAACAGCAACAGGUUAAAAACUAUUAAACCCUAAACCACAUCGGUCCAGUUCAUUUGAAAGGCUGUAUUCUUUCUUACAAACAUGUCCAUGUUUUGAGAUUUCUGGGGAGACCCUUGUCUCUGUCCUUCCACUCCCAAAUGUACAUCUGCAGCAGUAUAAUAACAUCUGUGGCUCAGUGCUGUGGAAUUGUGGGAUUUGUAUUUUUGUGAGGUAUUUAGCCUUCUCUAUCAGAGAGCUCUGGUGCCACAACAAAUUGCAAAUCCCACAAUUCCAUAACACUGAGCUGUGGAAGUUAAAGUGGUGUCAAACUGGAUUGUUUCUGCAGUGCAGAUGUAGAGAAAAACCUUCUUCAAUGCUCCAAGCUGUAUUGUGAAUGUUCCUACAUCAACAAAUAAAUAAACAUAAAUAAAUAAACAAACAUAGACAGCUCACUUAGAAAGGCUCUGUGUCUCCUUAAUAGUCAAACCCUGUAUCUAUUUGUACUGCUUUUCUGUUUCAGGUCCCAAGCGAAAUGCUGACGUCUUACAACCAGAAUCUAAAACUACCUCAUCCUGUUGAUUGCUGUCGAAAUCCAUUUCUUAAAACCUCUAUGCUUUUUCUGUACAACUUUUGUAUAUGCAUUUUCUUCUCAAUAAACGUGUCUUUUUGCAAUAUUA